UGAAGUAUGAUGAUGGGAGAGGGAGCGCUUGUGACGGACGGAGGAGGAAGACGAUGCAUCUGAGCGAGAACGAGGGCAUCGAGGGGAACACCUUCGUGGUGACGGGUGGGCAGGGCUUCGUCGGGGCGGCUCUCUGCCUUGAGCUCGCCCGCCGCGGCGCCGCCGAGGUCCGAUCCCUCGACCUCCGCGCCUCCUCCCCCUGGUCCGCCGAUCUCCGUAAUGCCCGCGUCCGCUGCAUCCAAGGGGAUGUGAAUAAGAAAAAAGAUAUUGAAAAGGCUUUGUGGGGUGCGAAUUGUGUUUUCCAUCUUGCUUCAUAUGGAAUGUCUGGGAAAGAAAUGCUCCAAGCCGGGCGCGCUUUUGAAGUUAACAUAAAUGGAACCUGCAACAUACUGGACGUAUGCCAUGAGUUUGGUAUCAAGAGGCUAGUUUAUGUCAGUACAUACAAUGUUAUAUUUGGAGGAAAGGAGAUCAUGAAUGGGAAUGAAUCGUUACCAUAUUUUUCACUUGAUGAGCAUGUUGAUCCAUAUGGUCGAAGUAAAUCUAUAGCAGAACAGCUGGUUCUUAAAAGUAAUGGACGCCCCUCCAAGAAAAAAAACAGUAUUCGUCUUUAUACUUGUGCAAUUCGUUCUGCUGCUAUUUAUGGACCUGGUGAAGAGAGACAUUUUCCAAGAAUUCUUUCCCUUGCAAAGUUGGGGUUAGCUUUGUUCAAAGUAGGUAGUCCUAAUGUGAAGACAGAUUGGGUUUAUGUGGACAAUUUAGUUCACGCUCUGAUAUUGGCAAGCAUGGGACUUUUGGAUGACAUCCCUGGCAGAGAAGGGCAUGUUGUGGCUGCUGGGCAACCCUAUUUCAUAUCUGAUGGCUCACCUGUUAAUACAUUUGAAUUUAUCAUCAAGCCUUUAUUGCGGAGUUUGGAUUAUGUCAUGCCAAGAAUGACACUGGAUGUCCAUCAUGCAUUGUUUAUGGCUCGAUUUUUCUGGGUCAUCUAUACACUUUUAUAUCCAUGGCUCAACCAUAGAUGGCUUCCCCAGCCUCUGCUUCUUCCAGCUGAGGUUCACAAGGUUGGUGUGACUCAUUACUUCUCUAUACUGAAAGCGAGGCAAGAGCUAGGCUACAUACCAAUUGUGAGUCCAGACGAGGGCAUGAAGGCCAUGAUUGCAUAUUGGCAAGAUAGGAAAAGAAAAGAACUGGACGGCCCAACCAUCUAUGUAUGGAUCUUUGUCGUCAUCGGGAUGGCUACGCUGUUUUCUGCGGCUUUCCUACCUCCCAUUGGACCAUUAGCCUGGACACAAGCGCUUGGUCUUUUCUUCUUCAGAUCCUUGUGGAUAGUUAGACUUGUGUUCAUUGUAUCAGUAGCUUUGCAUGUUGGCGAAGGGCUUUAUGCAUUGCACCUGUCGAGCAAAGUCGAUCCUGCAAAUUCCAAAGGGUGGUUUUGGCAAACUGUUUGUCUUGGUUUUUUCUCAAUGAGGUUUUUGUUGAAGAGAGCACAGAAUUGAAUUUGCUGCCUCUCUUUGUUAAGGUUGCCCAUUUAAUAAAUGAACACAACUCUCAUAAGGUUGAAACAGAACUUGCAAGGUCUUUGUAUACUACUCAAAGAGUCGCUUAUCGCCAUAUGCGAAAUUUGAAUCUGUAUAAUAGCUCUAUUAAGACAUGGGAGAAUUUUACCUUAAUAGUUUAUAGUUACAA